GCUCCUUCUCCUCCUCCUCUUCCUCUCUUCAUCGCCCCGGCUCCUCUGAUCCCCGUUUCAGACGCCUGUCCGGCUGCAGAGCCCUGACCCUGUACCACCAUGGAGCUCCGUCAUGUGUCGAUGUUUUUCUACCUCGUUAUUCCUCUGUGCAUUGCGGACACUUCGCUGAACAGUCGCUUUGUUUUGGAGCCUUGUGAUUUCCUCUUCGACACGGCUGUGGAAGCCUACAAUAAUGGGGACUGGUUAUCGGUCAUCCUGAACAUGGAGAAAGCUCUCAGGAACAAAGCUUUAGUGCGAAGUGUGAGGGCUCAAUGCCGGCUGAGCUGCGCCAACCAGACCGCGUUCGGCGAUCGUUUGACCGGUUUAGGAGUUCCUAUACCAGGGGCCGGGUCUGUGGAGGACCUGGGCUUCUUCCAGAAAAUUCUGAAACGGGCAGACUGCGUGAACUCCUGCGAGACUGAAAAACUGGGCACACCGACUCUGCAUCAAGUCACUGCAGACGUGGAGCUGGAGUUUAAGAAGAGAACUCCCUACAACUAUCUACAAGUCGCAUAUUUCAAGGUACAAGUCUAGUACUGAGGUCCACAGAGGUGGUGGGGCUGCAAUCACAGUUUUCCUCUUGUUAAUGCAUCACUCAGACUAAAGAUGCAUGCUUCUCAUUCUCCAGGAUAAAUUCUUAAUCCACACAGUAAACAUGGUAACUCUUAAAAGUUACAAUCUCAUUCAAAUUGUUACUCACAGCUAAAGUAGACUUGGCUACUGUAAUUACCCCAACCCCCCCAAACCAAGACUUCCAUGCCACGUCUUAAGGUGGAGUCAGUCUGACGUGAGGACGUCGCUUUUUCCAGAUCCAGGCCCAAAGUGUUGCUUUCAAAUGCGCCUCAUAAACUCAGAUUUAGAAAGAAAAAUGCUUUGUUAGUACUCUGGAGUUUAUAAUUCCAAUACAGAAGGGGUCAGCUUAAACUGUAUUAAAGAGUUUAACAUCCAUUCAUUGUUUUACAGAGCUGAAGUAACCCACAGCUCUUAGACAGAAGCAGCUUGAUAAUAAAAUUAAAUUGCCACAAAAACCUGUGACAAAAAGUUUAAAUAUCUGCACUGAGUCCCUCAAAGCAUGACUCAGCAAAGAAAUAGGCAAGGAAAUACAAGCAGCGGUAAAUCUGUAAAUUUGAACAGCAGGUAGUAGCAAGUUACAUUAAAAUUAUGACCACAUACUGUCAAUGGUUAUACACACCAAAGGGUCUGGUUCUGUUGGGUCAGAGUUCUGGAGGGUCACAGUUCGUGGUGUAAAGAGCAUAAUGUCACUUUAAAGCUGCUGUGAGGAACUUUUGAUCGGUGCUAAUGUUUGAUAACUCUUAUCUCUUGGCCUGAACCUGUAAAAGUCGUCUCUAAAGACAGAAAAUGGAAUGUAUUGCUUGUUGUGAGUAUUUAGUACGGUGGGGGCGGCAGUAGCUCAGGAGGUAGAGCGGUCAUCCAGUAACAGGAAGGUUUAUGGUUUGAUUCCCCCCCUAUCCCAAGUCUGUCCGUUGUGUCUUUGGGCAAGACACUUACCCUACCUUGCUCCCAGUGUGUUUCCUCCACUGGUGUAUGAUUGUGAGUGUUGGGUGGAAACUGGCUGCCAUGUUUCCGUCAGUCUUCCCCUGGGCAGCAAUGACGACUAAGGUAGCUUACCACCACCAAGGUGUGCGAAUGAAUGAUGUAUCCAAUGUAAAGUGCUUUAAAGGUCUCUGAAAAAAGCGCUAUAUGAAAUCUGAUACAUUAUUAUUAAAGGUUUUUACCUUAUCUUGCUAUUAAUCUGAAACUAACCCCUCAGGACUGUUCCAGGUAUCAAAAUCUACAAUUGCGUCAGUACUAGUUUUAAUCUAUUUCUCAACCAGCUAAAACCUCCUCACAGUGACUUUAAUAAGGAAAGCUCUAUACAACUUAAUUCAUUAGUGUGAACUGAGGGAUUUAUGAGCAACAUUUACAGCAGAUUAAAAUUAUCUGUAUUUUUUUUCUACAUAUUAUAUUUUAGGGCCCCUGACAGUCAUGAAUUUAGAAAAGCACCUUGCUGCUCUCUCCUCAGCAGUGUUUCCAGGAGAAAGCUUUAAUUCGACCCUCUUUAUGCCAGGUGGAUCAGACCGACCAGCUAGGUGGGCGAAAACCAUUUAAUCCUGACCAACACAUUUGGCGUAGCGUGUGUCAGUGAGGGUUGGCCUGCCUCUUCUGAUUAACACACCUUCAAUCAAAAAGGAUGAGCUGAACCCAUGUCUGUAUUUUCAGAUCAAUAAGCUGGACAAGGCUGUGGCAGCUGCCAACACAUUCUUCCUGGCCAAUCCUGAUCAUGUGGAGAUGAGACAGAAUCUGGAGUACUACAGGAUGAUGGCAGGAGUACAGGAGGAGGACUUCAAAGAUUUGGAGGCCAUGAAGCAUAUGGUGAGAACAAAUGCCUUCUCUGAUGGUUUUAAUUGGAUUUCUGUACUCAAAUACAAGGUUUACUGGGAAGGACAGAGCAUAAUAAACUAUUAUUGUAAUGUGUUUUUGUAUAUUUAUUGAUUAUAAUUGUUUGUUCACAUGUCACAUCUCUGCUCUUGCACCUGGACAUUUUUUUUAAAGUCCUACUCCGAUUUUUAUUUUUAUUUUUACUACUUAAGUUUUAAGUUGUGAGUAUGAAAUAUUUAGCCAAAAUUACAUUACCUGUGUCAUUUUCAAAGGCUUUUCUUCUGCAGAGCUCCAGUAGCUCAAUAGCAAUUCGCCUCUGAGUCGGGGGCGGAGACAGCGCUGCUCUGCACACUCCUCUUCAUGGUAGCUUGUAGCUCAACAUUGCUGGUUUAGUUGAAGUAACAGGUAACAUAGGAACUAUUCAGCUCUCUGACACUAAUGUCUUCAGGGACAUGAUGAAAGCUAAAAUCUUAAUUACCUUUCUUACAAGCAUUACAAACCGCUAACACACAGGCUUGUUCCGCGAUUGUCCUCUCUACUUUUCCAAGUCUGGCCUGCAUAGCGGGGCUCUGGGGGCGGAGCUUGAGUUUGCUAUUUAGGAAAUCUCACUGUGCCUGAACCUGCUGUUUGGGUCUGCCAGAGAUUCGCAGCGAUUUGAAUACAGAAAUACCCAGAAAUGCAAUUUCGCACUUACUUUUCUCCUGAUAUGUCCUCUAGCAUCAGUAAAAUGUUAUUUGAGCAUUUAGGCAACAAGAAAAACAUGAUUUUUAUCGUAGUAGUGCUUUAAGUUUUCAGGUGGCUUCAAAGUUCUUGUGCUUCUGUGUGACAGGCUUCAAAGUAAGUGAUAUACUGUGGAAACUUUGGCUAAACAGAACAUAAAGGCAGACCCUAAAAAAUUCUUGAAAGAGCUGGUGUUCACUUUGUCGUGCACAAGAGUCUGAAAAACAAUUGUAAAAGAUAAAGCACUCUUUCCAGGCUUAGCUGACUUAAAUCACUGAUAAAUUAAUGAAUCCUAUGAAAAGCCCUUAAGUAAGGGUGACCACCUCACUGGAUGCUCACUAACUCUCUGUUUUUUUCAGGCUGAGUUCCUGCUGGGAAAAAGUUACUACAGUGACGACUCUUUCGGCCUUGCAGCUCAACACUUUGAAGUGGCUGUAGAUGAGUACUUCACUGCUGAUAAGGAGUGCAGAGCGCUGUGUGAGGGAGCUUACAACUAUGAUGGAUACAACUACAUGGAGUACAGCGCUGACCUGUUCCAAACCAUGACAGGUGAGACUAAACACCUGAAAACACAUGAUUCAUUUAAAGGUUGUAAGUUCACCCUUUAAUUUAAUGUGUAUGUGUGUGUGUGUGUGUGUGUGUUAGAUCACUACAUGCAGGUGCUGAACUGUAAGCAGCGAUGUGCAGUGGAGCUGGCCUCAGCCGCUGGCAAAGACAAACCCUUUGAGGAUUUCCUGCCAUCACACUUCAACUACCUGCAGUUCUCCUACUACAACAGUGAGUCCGUCAGCUCUGAUAUGAACACCAGAUACUGCCUCGAUAUGUGGCCAGUGAAAAUGAGUGAAAAAGUGCCGUUUUUGUUCCUCUAUAUCAUUGUUAUCUUGGGAUUUGCAGCACGAGUUACUCAUUACAUCAGUCUAAAUAAAAUGAUCAUCACCUGGAAGAAGAUUCAAUGACUUGGGUCAAUGUUUCGGGUGUAUUCAAAAGUGAAGUGGCAGAGAUUUGGAAUUUUAUGAUGGAUAAAAUGUUGAUAGUCAUGAUGAUGAGCUAACUCUAUUUGAUACAACCUCAGAUGAAGCUCAGAUAGACUUUUAUAAAUAUACAAGAAACACAGUGGAGAUGAUUUUAUUCAUAAGUGAUCUGAAGCAGGCACUCGCUUUCAGACAGACAUAUAUUGAUCAGCUACAGCUGCUCUUCCUCUGCUGGAGUUUGGUGUUUCAACAAGUAGGGACUGGAGGUAUCAUCUAUAAACCAGAAACUGCUGCCAUACUCCCAUAAAAAGAAUCACAUGCCCUGAUGCGUACCUGACUUGGUUGUCGAUUUCAUUUCAAACAGAGACGUGAUUUUGCAGAAACUCAGAUAAAGACAUUAAAGGGAUAUUUCGUUGUAAAUUAAAGUUAGGGUCAAACACACCGUAGCAACAAGUUAGACACCCUCCCUCGAGAGAUUUCUUUAGCAAAGAGACCAAACACUACUCACCCACUCUCCUCCAGCAGCCGCUUGUUGUGGGGGAACCCUAACAAGUCGAUCACCGAGGGCAGCAGAUCAGUUCCAUGAAUCAUCAUAACAAUUAUUUUGCACUGCAGACACACCAGUUCUUCUGCCUUAGCAUCUCGGUCUGAUUGCACUUUCAUGAAGUAAUAAUCAUAAAUUUUCUUCCUUGAGCUGCGAAACUCCGCUGCACUAGGGGAUGGACUGGUCAGGGCUCCCCCACAAACAAGCCGCCAAGCAGCCAAAGAAACCAGGCAAAGCUAAAAAGAUGUUUGAUGGCUAGUGCUAUGGCUGGUACCCUAUAUGUACUGUUGAUGAAGUUAGGUGCUGUUCUGAGCAUUAUUAGUGGAUAUAGAGUGGCUUAUUGAGGUUUGUGUGUGGAGAUGUCAACCGCUGUGUAUUGCCAUUAUGUGGUCGUUGGUAUAACUAGAGAAGCAAGGAGUCAACAACAUUCAUCUCUUGAGGUGGUGUCUAACUCAGUGUUAUGGCGUGUUUGACCAUAACUUAGUUUCACGCCGGAAUAUCCCGUUAAGGCUGUUUAAGCUUUACUUUUGAUAACAAAGUUUGAUAACAAGAACAACUUAGGUCUCAAAAAGGUUAUAUUCUUAAACUUGAUAGAGCUCAUGUUUAUGCAGCCUUAUUUAGCGCCCUCUAAAAUGUUCAGAGUCUUGUGUAUAGUCUCCACAUUAAUUACAGUUGUUUACCUGUGUAGAAAUACUAGUUCUAACUGUUUUCUCUUCUCUUUCCUCUCUCUAGGUGAGAAGUACGAGCAGGCCAUCGAGUGCGCUAAGACCUUCCUGCUGUUCCACCCUGACGAUGAGGUGAUGAACCAGAACCUGGCGUACUAUUCUGCUGUGCUGGGGGAGGAAAAAGCACAAACCAUAUCAGCCAGACAGGUACAGCCCGCUCGAAUCGCUCUCUUUAUGUUGAAGUAUUUUCAUGGUGAGCUAUUGUCGGCUCUGUGUUAUUUCAGUCCGUAACUAUCAGUGAUUUAUCAGACUGGACUUCAUGCGCUGGGGGAAAAACAACCCCUAUUAGCACUUGAAUGUACUCAAGGGCACGAAAGACAUUAAAAUACACUGAUGGAAAUCUGAAGCACAUGAACAUUUGCCAUUUUAAAAGAAGAAUUAAGUCAGUGUUUUACUGCCCAUGGCUCUACAUGUCCAGGUCACAAAGUAUUUCAGGCAAUAGAGUCAUUAGCACCAAACACCAAGAGAGUGUGCAGCUUUGCUGAUUCAAACUGGACGUUAUAAAUAAAUACAAAAUCGUGGUAAUAUCAAAAAAACAUGGCAGAGAACAUUCAGAAACAAUAACCAGACAUAAAAUGUUGGUUUUCUCAUAGAAUGUAAAUGAUGAAAUAGUCACUUUACUGAAGCAGGGCUUGUCACAGUCUGAAUUUAAAAUCAAUUAAAACAAAAUCUGAUAUGAUAAAAUGGGUAGAGACUCCAUGAAGGCACAGAUCAUCAACUCCACUGACCCCCGUUUAUAGGAAAAUAGCGACGUAAAUUAGCUGUAAAUCAUUUCCCACUGUAGUGACAUUCUGACCUGAUUUUUAGUCACUGUCUGGGUCCGGGGUGAGGUGUUUUUGACACGCUUCUGAUACAAUCCAGUGUCCAAUCCAGGUUAUUGUUGAGUUAUCUUUUUGCCAUUAUUCAUCAAAUGAAAACCACACACACAAAAAAGACAUUCACUUACUAUGAUGGUGAUGAGGCUGGGAGUGGUGUUGAAGAUUAGUGGUAAAAACCGUGUGCUCUUCCCGUUCCCCAGAUCACUGCGUCACCUGUGUCCCUUUUGUAGCAUUUACCUGCCCAUUUACUUUAAGUGCCUCUUGAUUACAGAGAUUAACAGAUUUACAGAUUAAAUGGCUCAUACACCCAUUCCUCUCUUUCUUUUAUCCUUUCCUGUCCUUUCUCCACUGUUAGCCAUCUAUAAAGACAGAAAAUGCGCAUUUCACUCAGAUCACAAACCUACUCAGAUAAAACAAUGUAUGUAUGUACCUGCCAGGACUAAAACACCAGGAUCAAAGGCAUUUGUUCAGUCCACAAAUCUUUCUAUCAUCUGCCUCUCUCUGCUCCGUGUUUCUGACAAACCUCUUAAUCUCCUUUGUUGUUUCGGUGGAUACAGGGUGAAGUGUUAGGAUAAUUCACAGAAUGAGCCGGUGGGGUAAUGAGAGAGGAGAAAAGGCUUAUAAAUGAGGGGGAUGAUUUUAGUUUGAAUGGUGUUUUCUAGGGUUUGUUUCCAUCAGUAGAAGGUACUCAAAACAUCCCCUUUAAAUGUCACUCUUUCUCCACCUGAACUUUGUCUUAAGGGUAUUUCACACCAAGCUUUUUAACAGGUUGUUUGUUUUUAACAGAUGCCCUCAAAGUUAAUCAGAUUUUUACUCCCCAGGUGGUCAAACUUUACAUCCAGCAGUCCAUACUGGAAAAAGAGCUGCUUUACUUUGGAUAUGAAGUAUUUGGAAUCACAUUUGUAGAUCCUGUGAGUAAAUCGUUCAAUUUCCUUUCAGUGGUUUUGUUGUUUUUGUGUUCGGAGGUAUUUAACUUUUGCUUUUUCUGUCAUUUUGGAUUCAGGACACAUGGACUCCUGAAGAUGUCAUGCCAAAGAAGCUGAGAGACAAGCAGAAGUAAGAUUGAAGACCCAAUCACACACAUUUAUGCAUUUAUGUAAUCUGUGGCCUCUGACCUUCCUCCUGUGUGUCUCAGGGCAGACAGGGAAACUGCGGCCAGGAUCACAGAGGAAAUAGGAAACCUAAUGAAGGAGAUAGAGACUCUUGUUGAGGAGAAGAAGAAGGAUUCUUCAGACCUGACCAUGAUGGUAGCACCACAAGAAGGUGAAUAUGCCUCACUGGUGAACAAGUUGUUGGUUAGGGGAUGUUUGAGGGAGCAUUAGCGCAAGUCCUCUUUUCCAACUUUGAUGCUGACUGUCCUCUUGUAGGUGGAAGUCUGUUGCAUGAUGACAUCAAGGUGACCAUGACGUCCAAGCAGCUGAAUGGUUCUCAGCGGGUGCUGUUGGAUGGGGUGCUGAGUGAUGACGAGUGCAGGGAGCUGCAGCGCCUUUCAAAUGUGAGUGAACAUGAUUAACUCAAUAGUUAGGUAGUUAUCAGUAAACCGUUGGGUUAAAGGGAUAUUCCGGCGUAAAUUUGAAUUAUGGUCAAACUCAUCAUAACACCGAGUUAGACACCACCUCGAGAGAUGAAUGUUGCCGACCGCUUGCAGACUAGUUGCAGUUGCAGUUCUAGAGCAGUCUACAUCUUCUUGCUUGUUUGUGGAGGAGCCCUGACAAGUCGAUCACCGAGUGCAGUGGAGUUUCGCAGCUCAAGGAAGAACAUAUAGGUAAGGAUACUGAGACGCUAAGGCAGAAGAACUACCGGGUUUGCAGUCCAAGAUGAUUAUUAUGAUGAUUAUUACUUCAAUGAAAUUUUCCGUUGCACUCACAAACAAGCGGCUGCUGGAGGAGAGUGGGUGAGUUGUGUUUGGUCUCUUUGUUAAAGAAAUCAGUCAAAGCUAAAAAGACGUUUGAUGGCUAGCACUAUGACUUGGACCCUAUAUGUACUGUUGAUGAAGUUAGGUGCUGUUCUGAGCAUUAUUUGUGGAGACUUAGACCGCUGUGUAUUGCUCUCGUGCCAAAAAUAUUCUCCCUGUCCCUGUAAGGAAAACAAACCAGGCUAAAUACAGAACCUCAUUAAGAAUGCCUUAUGAAGCAAUAUAUUUAUAAACAACUCACACAGGAGUAGCUCUCAGGGAUGGACUCAAAGUGAAUUAUUAUCCAAGUUUGCAUCUCCUGUGAUUUAUCUUUUUUUGCAAUUCAGCAAAGAGUGAGAUACUUUCUGUUGAGUUUGUGGCCCAACAGGGUGAGAAUAUUUACAUGAGUUACAAACUGAUGCUACAUUAUGUUUGUCAGCCUUUCAUGUUGUUGUGUGGAUUGUGUUUUUUUUUUUUUUCCAGACAGCUGCUCUUAAAGGGGAUGGCUACAGGGGGCGCCCCUCCCCACACUCUCCCAGUGAGUUGUUCCAGGGGGUCACUGUCCUGAAGGCUGUGAAGGUCCGUAGUCCUGGUCCUUUUAAUUACAAAACACAUGUUCUCACGUAUCAGCAUACACCCCUGAAACAGUCUGUACAGCUGCUGUAAAAGUUGUUUCCACACCUACAGCUCGGUCAGGAGGGGAAGGUUCCUCUGAAGAGCGCUCGUCUGUUCUUCGACCUCAGUGAGAAAGUGAGGAAGGUGUUGGCGUCGUACUUCAGUCUGGACUCUCCUCUCUACUUCUCCUACUCCCACCUGGUCUGUCGCUCAGCCAUCGAUGGUAAGUAAUUCAGAGAGAGUUAGCAAGGAUGUGUAAAAGAGACUCCUCCAUUGCUGCACAACUCCAUGUAGCUACACAACCACCUCUGUAAGAGUCCCUGCAUACCUGUUUCAAGUUGCAGUUACAGUGCGAUAAGAAUAUUUCAAAUCUGUUUGUUUAUUACUUAUGAUAUAUUUGUGUGAAAAGGUUUAAAAUAGCCCUCCACUUAGGGCUGGACGAUUAUGGCAAAAAUAAUAAUCAUGAUUAAUAAUAAUAAUAAUAAUAAUAGAUUUUAUUUGUAACGCACUUUACAUUUGAAAACAAAUCUCAAAGUGCACAAAGAAAACAGAAAAAAAAUAAGACAACAAUAACAGUAAAACAGGGCAAAACAAUAAAAACAGUCAGCAAAUAAAAUCAGAUAAAAUUAGUCCGGGUAGGCUUUCUGAAAGAGGACGGUUUUGAGUGAUUAUUUUGACUGAUAUUGAAAUCACGAUUAAUAAACACAAUCAUUCAUUGAUUUAAAAACUUUAUUGAACCAACAAAAGUUAACUUUAAAUAUAACUUAUAAGAACAGCCAGAAGUAACAAGUGAACAAGUAAAAGAAUAAAAAUAAUGACAAUAUUAAAUUAAAGUAUUGAUAGCAAUAAAAACGAUAAAUAACAGUUACCCAAUCUACAUGCACUCCUGUAAAACUUGCAACAUGGAAAAAAACCCACUAAUAACAGCCAAAAAACAGAAGACUCAUUUUUUUGAAAACAAAAAGGAUUGGCUACAAAGUGCGCUACUUCCUCAGCUGAACUUCCUGCAAUUUGCCUCCUACAAACUUAGGUUCUUGGCGAGAAGCACCAGUCUGUUUACUUGGUCUGGCUUUAGUGACGAACAAAGGCAGGUCACAGUAUUGCUCCUUUAUCACCUGUCUAUCACCAUAGACCACUUCACGGCCAUACAUUAAGUGAUUGAAUAAGUUCAGUGAUUCCUCCAGGACGGGAAUCUAGCGGGGCAGAAAUUGCUAAUCCAAAUGCUAAUACUCGGCGCGCGUGUGCACGCAUAUACUGCUCUUGCUCGACGUCUGUCAAAUUGAAGCCAAAAUGUUUCCAGAUAACUAAAGUUGUCCCACCAUGUUUUCUCAAUCAGACGCUGCCUUCCUGCAACAUUUUCAAUCGCUCGCUCCUUGUAUUAUUGAUCCACACACAUCACACACUUGCUGCAGCUGCACUAACAGAGGUGCAUUUAAAGUGUUUUCCCAGCACUUGGGGAAAAACAACACAGUGUUUUCAUGAUUGUAAGAAGCCAAAAAUCAAAAUCAUGAUUAAAAUUCGAUUUAAUUGUCCAGCUCUACCUCCACUGUAUUAAAUGAGGCUGUGGACUACGCAAAGCAUCCUCGGGCACACUGGACCCCAAAUGGCCUCUGCCUUCAGUACAUGAAUGCAUGUCACAAAACAUCCCUGCAGCAGCUUUGAAUACAACUAACUACAAGGAGUGAAUGUGUUUUAUUUGUCUGCCAAAUUCAAGUGACAAACUGUGAUUGUGAAGGAAACUGGGUCCAUUCUCACUGCUGCUCAGGUUAGAGUUAACAAAGCAUCAAUUGUCGUCCAAAAUGAUCACUCACUAUCUUCUCUCUUCAGAGAAGCAGGAGGACCGUGAGGACCUGAGUCACCCUGUUCACGUGGACAACUGUCUGCUGGUCUCUGAGCUAAAUGAGUGUAUAAAGGAGCCCCCUGCAUACACACACAGGGACUACAGGUGAGCAAACAGGGAUGUGCUCUACACUCUAUCCUCCAAACAGACGGCCCUCCUAACAUCCUCAUGUCUCUCCUGUGCAGUGCCAUCCUCUACCUCAACAGUGACUUUGAAGGGGGAGAUUUCAUUUUCACCGAGCUGGAUGCUAAAACAGUGACGGUAUACAAUCAGCCCGUCUUACCUGAUUUGUUUUUAUCAAUCAUUGCACUGAAUAUAAAUGAAAUAAGACUAUUAUAAAUGUCAAGCUUCACUGCUGCUGUUGAAUGAUUCCCCUAGGCUGAGGUGCACCCACAGUGUGGUCGUGUGGUCGGGUUUGGAGCAGGGAAGGAAAACCCUCAUGGCGUCAGAGCCGUCACUAAGGGUCAGAGGUGUGCUGUGGCGCUGUGGUUCACCCUGGAUCCUGCACAUGAAGAAAAGGUACACACAAUAACCUCUGUAGGCUAAUAGAGGUCAAAGGAGGACAAUGUCACCAGUAUCUGUAUUUGAUCACCAGAAUCCUGAUGAACUCAGCGACCAAUUGUCUUUCUCAAGUAGGGAUGGAAAUUGAUAAGUUUCAUCGAUAUCGCUGCGAUUAUCGAUUCUGCUUAUCGAUUCAAUUCUUUAACGAUUCCCUUAUCAAUGCCUUUCUUUGAUUUAAAAAAAAAGUGGACUAUAGGUUUUCACCAUUAACUCAAAACUUUAUUGAGUCCCUGAAAACAGAAAAAGAUGUAUGCCACCUUCAGUGAGAGUCUAAAAAUAAUCAAACGACAAACUACCGUAUUUUCCUGACUAUAGAGCGCACCUCAAUAUAAGCCGCACCCACAAAAUUAAAAAAAAAAAUUGGAAAUGUACUUAUAUAAGCCGCACCGGCCUAAAAGCCGCGGUUAUCUACUGAACUGAAUAUUUAGUUUAACUGAACAUAACUGAACUGAUCAGUUUCCGAACGGUGCCCAAAGCAUAAAAGUGCUUAUCAAAUAAAACAGAAAAGUUAUCGAUCGCUUUAUUCAUCGUCCUCCUGUGCACUGAAACUAUCUAAGUCCCCUUCUUCAGUGUCGGAGUUGAACAGCCUCAGGAGAGCUUCGUCACAUGCCUUUUCUGUGGCGAUGUCAGUGUUGCUCUCCGUGUUGCUCUCCGUGUCACUGUCAUCAUCCCGGGGUGAAGCUGACUCUGAAGCUGAAGUGUCCUCUUCACGCAACAGUCCAGCCUUUCGGAACCCAUUGGUGAUGGUAGAUUCCUUCACGCUGCUCCACGCAGCUAGGAUCCACUGACAGACAUCAGAAAAUGAUGCUCUUCGCAUGCGGCCAGUGUUUGUGUCGGAUUUAUCGCCACUCGUCAUUAAGUCUCCCAUUCACAGUGGAGUGCUGCUUUAAACGCUCGAUUCUGCUUGCAUGUGCUAAAUGAAAAUUAGCACUUUCUUCUUUUAUGUUAAAAUUUGACUUUCACCUGUCUCGUUUUUUUUCACUUUAUACUAAAGCGCCCCCCUGGUGGGUGAAGAAAAAUCCACAGAAAAGCCGCACCACAUUAUAAGCCGCAUAGUUCGAAGUGUGGGAAAAAAGUAGCGGCUUAUAGUCAGGAAAAUACGGUAUUUGUACAGCAUUUACUUUGGUCGGUAUUAAGAGGACCCUACAAUGCGGGGUGGAGUGGUGCGCAAAAUUUUGAGCGUUUUUCAGGUCGGGUCGAGAGUUUUUUUACACGCUUCUAACUCAGUUAGUCCAUGCUACACAAACUCAAAACUUCCAAACAAAACCCGGACAUUUAAAGAAUUUUGUAAACUCCCCCAGACAGGCCGGACAGCCCCUCAAAAAGAGGGCAGGUCCGGGUAAAAGAGGACGUUAUGAAGUCUGGCAUGCAUUGUGCUUAUGUGAACACAGGACAUACAUACCUGAGAUGGAGCAGCAGCGGCUGACGACCAGCAGAGAGCAUCAAAUACACAUGACUCCUUAUAUUUGACAGAUGUUUCAGCAUGUUGCUGGUGUUUUCUACGGUGGCCCUGAUGUGCAAAACACAACAGCAAAUCAGAAAACACGACACAAGAAGAGAAAACACAACAAAAGGACAUUAACCAUCGUGUUUUCUGAUUUGUCCUUGUGUUUUGCACCUCAGGGCCACCGUAGUUUCACCUUUGCAUAUCAUCACUGCCCAACAAACGUUGCACGCUGGCUGUUGUCAUCUUUCUUAUCAAAAUGAAGCCACGCUUUAAAUUGUUCUGCCUACUUUUCGUACCGUCCGCUAUGUUUUUGUCCUCAAAGUCUCUGUUCUCGUUCGCAUAGCCUGGCUCUCGCAAGACCAUUUUUCGAGGCACCCGGAACAAAGGAAUCAUUAAGAUAAAAUGUAAAUGAUGUCGAUGGAUUGAACCAUCUGGAACCUCGAUUUCCAUCCCUAUUCUUAUGUGUUUUCUUCAAAUAUGACGUCAAAUAACGUCAUGAUGUACGGCCAGUGUCUUUAAUCCGCCUCUAGUCUUGUAACUUGAUUUUGUGUUGGCUCAUAUUGAAUGCACUUUUCUCCUCAAACAUUUCUGUCUCUGUCCUGUAGGAAAGAAUCCAAGCUGAAGAAAUGCUCAAGAUGUUUUCUACCCCUGUGGAUGCAGAAUUCAUCCAAAAAAAGGAGACUAAUACCUCUGAGGCUUUACCAACAACACCAGAGCCUCUUGCACAGGCUGAGCAUGAAAAAGCAGACAGCAAAGCAGAGAAGAAGCCAGACGUACCAGCAGACACGCAGGCUGACAAACCAGCUGACCCACCGAAGGACAAAACAGAGACAAAACCAGCCGGCAAGACAGCAAAAGACACUAAAGCCAAAGCUGCUCCUAAAGCCAAGGCCAAAUCUGGACAGCAAACGAAGGCCAAGACAUCAGAUAAAGUCAAACCUGCUGCUAAAAAGGACGGAAAACAGACAGUCAAAACACAAGCCAAGCAGGGAGACAAAAAGGACGCAAAACCUGCGACAAAAAAGACAGUGAAAGUUGCUGCAAAGAAGGACUCCAAAAAAGCAAAAGCUGACGCAACGUCGGCUCCAGACUCUCAGAACGACAAGGACGAGCUGUGAUCAAACAGCUUCAGUGACUGAGUAUGCGGUGUCUGUUUUCCCACUCUUUUUCUACAAGGUCUCUUCUGGUGGUUGUUGAAUGCAAACUGAGUGAAAGGUUGAGUUUGAAACACAUUGUUUGUCUUUUCAGUGAUCAGUCGGGGUGAAUUAUUUUAUGUAACUUAAAACUGAGUGACUGCUGUUGUACUGAACUCUUGUUUGAUUAAAUGACAAUCUGCUCUCGAGCCAAAACUCCUGUAACCCCCCGCUUCAUUUGGCAAACGAAGCUUUGAAUCUGUAUAGAUGUUGCUUUGCUUCAUCUCACAUUUUAGCCUGAAGCUGUUUUCAUGUGUAUUGUUGAAGCACAGAGGUGUUGGGGAGGGAGACGGGGUAUCAGUAAGAGCAAAAUCAUCCUGUCCAGAAAAACUCAAAUCCACUUUUUAAAUGGUUGAAAUAAAAUCUCUGUUUUUAAGUUC